AUGUAUUUUGAAGCUAGAAUCAUGGUGGAUUCCAUUAAAACUACUAAUAACUAUCCAGCACUUAAUUUUUAUACAAAUCCAGAAGAGUUUAAAGACUUUGAGGAGGUUGAUGAAUUAAUUAUUAAAGCAAAGCCUGAUGGUGAUG